CUCUGUGUGCCCGUAAUGGUAUCGCCCCCAGCAUCUGAUAGGCUGUCGAUGGGGGCGUGGCCUCCGGACCCUAGUUCUGCGCGCCGGAGCGCACUCACCGCAGUGCGAGACGGGCCAGGAGCGGGCGCCAUGGUGCUGCUACACGUGCUGUUCGAGCACGCGGUCGGCUACGCGCUGCUGGCGCUGAAAGAAGUGGAGGAGAUCAGCCUGUUGCUGCCGCAGGUGGAGGAGUGCGUACUCAACCUAGGCAAAUUCCACAAGAUCGUUCGCCUCGUGGCCUUUUCUCCCUUUGCCUCGUCCCAAGUUGCCUUGGAAAAUGCCAACGCUGUGUCAGAAGGUGUUGUUCAUGAGGACCUCCGCCUGCUAUUGGAGACCCACCUGCCAUCCAAAAAGAAGAAAGUGCUCUUGGGAGUUGGCGACCCCAAGAUUGGUGCUGCUAUACAGGAGGAGUUAGGAUAUAACUGCCAGACUGGAGGUGUAAUAGCUGAGAUUAUUCGAGGAAUCCGCCUACACUUCCACAACCUGGUGAAGGGUCUGACAGAUUUGUCAGCUUCUAAAGCCCAACUUGGGCUGGGACACAGCUACUCUCGAGCCAAAGUUAAGUUUAAUGUGAACCGAGUGGACAACAUGAUCAUCCAGUCUAUUAGUCUUCUGGACCAACUGGAUAAGGACAUUAAUACCUUCUCUAUGCGUGUCAGGGAAUGGUAUGGCUAUCACUUCCCUGAGUUGGUGAAGAUCAUCAAUGACAAUGCUACAUACUGCCGCAUCGCUCAGUUUAUCGGAAACCGAAAGGAGCUUAAUGAAGAAAAACUAGAGCAGCUGGAGGAGCUGACGAUGGAUGGAGCCAAGGCGAAGGCUAUUCUGGAUGCCUCGCGCUCCUCCAUGGGAAUGGAUAUAUCGGCCAUUGACUUGAUAAACAUUGAGAGCUUCUCCAGUCGAGUGGUGUCUUUGUCUGAAUACCGCCAGACCUUACACACUUACCUGAGAUCCAAGAUGAGCCAAGUAGCUCCCAGCCUGUCAGCCUUAAUCGGGGAAGCGGUAGGUGCACGUCUUAUUGCGCAUGCUGGCAGUCUCACCAACCUGGCUAAGUAUCCGGCAUCCACAGUGCAGAUCCUUGGGGCUGAAAAGGCCCUGUUCAGAGCCCUGAAGACAAGGGGUAACACUCCAAAAUAUGGACUUAUUUUCCAUUCUACCUUCAUUGGCCGAGCAGCUGCCAAGAACAAAGGCCGUAUCUCCAGAUAUUUGGCAAAUAAAUGCAGUAUUGCCUCACGAAUUGACUGCUUCUCUGAGGUACCCACAAGUGUAUUUGGAGAGAAGCUUCGAGAACAAGUUGAGGAGCGUCUGUCCUUCUAUGAGACCGGAGAGAUUCCACGAAAGAAUUUGGAAGUCAUGAAGGAGGCAGUGGUUCAGGCAGGGGAAGCUGCUGCAGAGAUUACUAAGAAAAUGGAGAAACAAGAGAAGAAGCGCCUGAAGAAGGAAAAGAAACGCCUAGCUGCACUUGCCCUUGCUGCUUCAGAAAACAGCAGUAGUGCUCCAGAGGAGUGUGAGGAGAUAAGUGAAAAACCAAAAAAGAAGAAAAAGCAAAAACCCCAGGUUCCUCAGGAAAAUGGAAUGGAAGAAGAGCUACCUGUUUCCAAACCCAAGAAAAAGAAAUCUUUUUCCAAGGAGGAGUUAGUUAAUAGUGACCUUGAAGAAACAACCAGCACUGUUAAUCUUCCUAAGAGGAAGAAGUCUCCCAAAGAGGAAGCAGUGAGUGAUCAAGAAGAGACAAAGGUUGUUACCAAGAAAAAGAAAAGAAAAUUCACUGAGGAGCCACCCAGCAGUGGGCCCGAUGAGGCUGCUGGCACUAAGAACAGCUCCAAGAAAAAGAAAAAAAAACUAUCUCAGAACAACUGAAAUGAACAUUAUCCCCAACCCCAAUAAAAACAAAUUAACAAAA